UCCGCUUCCGGCGACUCGCGCAGUUCCGCGAUGGCCUCCGAGGAAGCGAGCGGUAGCCCUCGUAGGUCUCGGCGGGAGCCGGAGGGGCGCGCCCCGCGACAGGACAAGUAUUCGGUGCUGUUGCCUACCUACAACGAGCGCGAGAACCUACCGCUCAUCGUGUGGCUGCUGGUGAAAAGCUUCUCCGAGAGUGGAAUCAAUUAUGAAAUUAUAAUCAUAGAUGAUGGAAGCCCAGAUGGAACAAGGGACGUUGCUGAACAGCUGGAGAAGAUCUAUGGGUCAGACAAAAUUCUUCUGAGACCACGGGAGAAAAAGUUAGGCCUAGGAACUGCGUAUAUUCACGGAAUGAAACAUGCCACAGGAAACUACAUAAUUAUUAUGGAUGCUGAUCUCUCCCAUCAUCCAAAAUUUAUUCCUGAAUUCAUUAGGAAGCAGAAGGAGGGUAAUUUUGACAUUGUCUCUGGAACUCGCUACAAAGGAAAUGGAGGUGUAUACGGCUGGGAUUUGAAAAGAAAAAUAAUCAGCCGCGGGGCCAAUUUUUUAACUCAGAUUUUGCUCAGACCAGGAGCAUCUGAUUUAACAGGAAGCUUCAGGUUAUAUCGAAAAGAAGUUCUACAGAAAUUGAUAGAAAAAUGUGUUUCUAAAGGCUACGUCUUCCAGAUGGAGAUGAUUGUUCGGGCAAGACAGUUGAAUUAUACUAUUGGCGAGGUUCCAAUAUCAUUUGUGGAUCGAGUUUAUGGUGAAUCCAAGUUGGGAGGAAAUGAAAUAGUCUCUUUCUUGAAAGGAUUAUUGACUCUCUUUGCUACUACAUAAAAGAAAGUUAUUCAUUAUACUUAUCAUGUUGAGUUCAUUUAAACAUAAAAGAAGCCUGCUUGCUGAUUUUUAUAAAAUGUACUCUUAGAGCAUAAAUCAUAAGGUAAGGUAAAUUUCAUACAAAUCUUUUUUUCUGAGGAAACUCCAUUUUAUAUGUCAAAUUAAAUUAGAAAAAUGAGCAGUGUUUUCAAUUUUCAUUUACAUUUUGCUGUAUUAUUAAGACUUGUAAAUAAAUGUAUUGGGUUUUUCAGAAAAUACUGAGCUUUCAUUAGAGUAUGUGAGUGCAGAAUUUCUUACAUGGUAAAGACUUUGAAGUAUAUUAAAAAACUGGAUUCAUAGCUCAUUAUAAUAGAUACCAGAAGUAAGAAGAAUGUUAAUUAUAUUCAUGAAAUAUAUAUGGCUGUUUCUGUAUAUAUGAAGAAGUAGACACCUCUGCCCCUUCUUUAAAAAUGUAUCUCAAAUUUCUUAAACUAGAUAAAACAAUAUGUUUAGGUCACAAUUUCAUCUGUCAAAGCAAGUUUAUUUAAAAUACAUAUUGUGAAUUGGAAACUUGACAUCCGUUGAUUGCAUAGCUAUUUUUUUUUUCUAUCUUCAGCAGUACCUUCUAUCAGUAGGAAAAAAUAUUGAUGACAAUAUUUUGUCAGCAUCAGUAGUCUUGAUGACUUCAAUACUUAGCUGCUAUAGUAUUUUUAAACAUCUUACUAAGCUUUAAGUGUUCCACCAGUGAGUGCACUGUUAGUUGUUCAUUAAAGCCAGCACACAUAUUCUGUUUAUCUACCUUCUCUAAGCUAAAUGUUUCAAAAAAAAAUUUUUAACUGUAGCAUAGCUUAUGGAACACAUGGUAUCUUUUAAAUUUGUGGGAAGGCAUACUUUGAGCAAAUAAGCUUAAGAGCAAGUUGACUUUCCUUUGCAAGGAAGAGACAUCUCUAAGUUAUUUAAUAAGCAUAUUUAUUGAACAGUAUUCCUAAUUACAUUUUCCUGGCUUAAUUUGACUGCUAAAGAAAUUUAAAAUCUGAUUUUUCAAUUGCAUUUCUAACAGAUCAUAAUCAGAAAUUAAUAUCAGACUAUAAAACCUUUGGUGUCAUUUUGAACAUUACCUACUCCCAUAGUUGAAUCCAUGGGACACAUUCCAAAAGGGCCUCUACUAUUCUAUGUCCCUUUUACACAGAGCUGUUUAGCCAUCCAGCACACCAGGGACCCACCUUCCUUGGGGAAGUGACAUCUCUCAUCAUUAAUAACUAGAAAAUUCAUCACUGUUUAAUGUAGAAUUAACCUAAUGUAAUAGAAAUACAAUACUCUUUUCUGUGGAGUGUUUAGAUUCUCCUCUUUUUCAUCUAAACCCAAAGAUUUUAUUGUCAAGUAUAUGGAGCAGAGAUUAACUACCUCAGAGAACUCAUUAUAAAUUAUUGCCUUCUCAGACCUCACUAGAGUAGGUAGCUAUCUUAUGCCUUUUUAAUCUUUUAAUCUUACUCCCAUAGUCACAACACUGUCACUACUAGAAUUUAUAGUAAAGAAAGUAUUUAAGCAGUGAAGACUUUUUUCAUGUAGAAGUUAUUUAGAAAAGAAUCUGGACUAUUUAGAUGCAUUUCUGUAAGACAUCUGAUGAUUUAAACACUAAAAUCUCAAACAUUUAUAUGUGAACCUAGCAUCUCUUUUUACUUUGUAAAUUAGUCCAAGGAUAAAAUCCAGAUGUUUUCCCUUUGUAUUAUCACUGUAUGAACUCUAUACCUAAGGAAAACGAAACUUGAGAUAAAUGGUUUUGCUGAUUUCA